AGCAACUCUCGGAGCAUCCAACUGACACCUUGCCCCUUUGCGGGGCACGCUGGGAGAUGUAGUCCUUCCCUGCACCUCCUCUGGUUCAGCCCGCGAGCGGCGGACUACAGGCCCUAGAAUCCUCCACACCACCUUUUAUUUGAGGCCGGAGACAGCGAGGUGGGACUGUCGCCGGCGCAGAGGUGGUAGGCCUGGCGGAACCGAGCGGACUGAGUGGAGUCGGAACUCUGGGAUUUGGUUGGGCUGGGUUUCCGUGGCCUUGUUUCUGAAAGGACCGCUCUUAACAGGGACCCUAGGGAUUAGGGAGAAGCGCGGCUGUGUCUGGAUUCAAACGGGAUGGGCGCGCCGGGGAUGGAACAUUGAGGGGCACCAUGCCUGGCCUGGCGCCACACUCCCGGACCCGCUGUGGCUGAGGGGCGGGCUCGCGAAUUUUAAAAUGCCUUCGUGGAGUUGGUUGAAUAUGUGAAGACAUGACGUUAUUCUGGAACAGUUUGGCCCUUACAAGCCGUCCCUAGAAAAUGUACCCUCCCUCCGCCCCCGUCUGGGAAGCUGCUAAGGAAUGCAUAGGAGAUAUCAGGAGCUCUUUGAUGUGACAUGAAUGAAAACUCGUUUGGACUAGUAGGCCGCUAAAGUUGCCAUUGCACAGGAGAAACACAAGCAUUCCCCUGUGUCCACAACCCCAGAUACACUUUGCAUUUUAAUUAGAGGCUAGGCACACCAAGAAGACAGAUGAAUGCUGCAGCUGCCUUUCUACCUAGGCAUGUGAAGGAAGAUGAACUUGCUGGGCAAGGAUACAUAUGACUGGACAGUGCUGUGAGGAGCUACAGAAAGCCCCAAAGCCCAGAAUGGCACUGAGAACCAAGAGAGGAUUGAAAGGGUCCAUUGAUGAUGUCCUUGGUGACCUCCUGGGAGAUGACACAACACUGCUUGAGAAGUCUGUUGAGCCAGCUUCACAUGCAAAAGACACAGCGAGCUCACCUCGGUGGCCUUCUACAAAGGCAAAGCUCCUCCUGAAGGACAGCGUUGAUGGACUGGCAGGAGCUGAUGCUGAGGUCUCCAGCGCCUCGGAUGCAGAUCCCCAGGUCUUCUUGCAGAACAUGAAGGACUUGGACAGCAUGGAUGAUGAUCUCUUUGGUCGGAUGAAGUCUCACCCACCCUCCGGCAAAGGAACUGCAAAGGGUUCUAGGAAAGAAGGACCUAGCAAUCCCAAGCCUGCUGGCACAUUAACAGCUAAUGAGAAAGGGGACACCAUUAGCACCACUAAGAAGCCGCCACCAUCUUCCAGCAGGUGUGGGCUUCCGUAUAAGAAGUUUUCCUUUGAAGACUUUGAAGACCCGCUGGCAGGACUUCUCUCUGAUGAGGAGGAAGGAACUGCCCAGAAGCUGCCUUCAAUGGAGAGUAAACUUGCUCCCAAGAGCCCGCACACGGCUGCAGGCCAAGGUCCCUCUGUUCCUCUAACUCCUGGGGACACGCCCAUCCGGAAGAAAGAACUGCUCUUUGAUGAAGGGGACGACAUCAUGACUACCCUGGGCUUUGAAGACAGCCCCAAGGCGGAGAGGAAGAAGAUGGGAGAUCAGGAAGGGCCCCUCCCUGCUCGCUCCAAGCUGGAUGAACUGCUGGGUCGAGGCACAGCUGCCAAGCUCCUUACUCGCCCAGGCACUGGGGAACGCAGAGAGUUCAAGUUAGACAAGAAGUAUCAGAAGCCAGAGGACAAAGAAGACAGCUGGGAUGGCGAAAUCGUCUCCUUUGGGGCUUACCAGCCUACCGUGGCCUCCUCUGAGGGCCGCCAAUCCCGCAGGCAGUCAGUCAGCAGGUUCUUGGGAGAAGGUGGCCCAGACCCUAAGGGAGAAAGCCUAAGCUUCCAACAGAGCCCUCCCCCAGCCUCCAGCCCUGUCCACCCCAGGAAAGGAGGAGCUGACUGGUUAGGCCUUAAGGACGAGGAUCUGGACCUUCCGUCUCCCUCUCCUGUUCAAAAGACCCAACAGGAAGACCCAGCCAUGACACACUCUCUCCUGCCUCCCCAAAACCAGCCCUCAGCCCCAGAGCCACAGUCCACCCCAACUGGACUUCUCUCACCAGCAAAGCCACCAGCCAGGGGCGCCAGGCCCUCCGUCAAAGCCAGCCUGGCCUCCUCACUGAAAGCAUCUGAGGAGAAAGAAGACGACUGGCUGAGCCAUGUCAUAUCUCAGAAGAAAUCCCAGAAUCUAGCCAGAGAAGAGCGUACUGGGCCUUCUAAGGAUCUGACCUCCCUGGGGUCACUGAGUCAGACCCCUUCUAGCAGCCUGCCUGUUGCUGGCACUCAAGUCCUUGAGCAGGCCACUGCUGGAGAAGCCUCGAGACCAACUACACAAGGAAUCGAAGCUGUCAGGCCUGGUGUCACAGGGUCCUCCAUGAGUUGGAACCAAGCCACUACUGUUCUCCCUGUAGAUGACCCCAAGAGAGGAGCAGCCUCUGCCUCUGGGGACUUCUCUAGCAGAGAGCCUGCAGUUUACAUUCCGCAUUCCCAGGAACCUACAGGGCUCUCUGUGCCUAUCCAGACCCUCCUCCCAGAGUCCAUGAUGCAGAGUCUGCUGCCAGGCUCAGGGUACCAGAAGCAGCUCCUGGCUGCCCAAGGGCAGCUUCAGAGUAGCACUGCCCAGCUUCAGGUUGAGCUGCUGCAGAGCCAGACCAAGCUGUCAGAGCUGGAGGCCCAGGUGCGGAAGUUGGAGCUGGAGCGGUCCCAGCACAGGAUGCUGCUGGAGAGUUUGCAGCAGCGGCACCAGGCAGACCUGGAGCUCAUUGAGGAUGCACACAGAAGCCGUAUCAAGGUGCUGGAAACAUCGUACCAGCAGCGGGAGGAGCAGCUCCGCAGAGAGAAGGAGGUGCUGUCAGCUCAGCAUGCAUCCUAUUGCCGGGAAGCUGAGCAGGCCAAGGCUGAGCUCAUCGCCCAGCACCAGCGGCAGAUGGCCGCAGCUGAACAGGAGAAGGGCCAGGAGGUUGCACGGCUUCGGGAGCUUCAGCAGGCAUCCAUCCUGGAGAUGCGCAAGGACCAUGAGCACCAGCUACAGCGGCUGAAGAUGCUGAAGGACCAAGAGAUCGAUGCCGUCACCAGUGCUACCUCCCAUACUCGGUCCCUGAACGGCAUCAUUGAGCAGAUGGAGAAGUUUUCCAGCAGCUUGAACUCACUGUCCUCCCGUGUGGAGGCCUCACACCUUACCACCUCACAGGAACGAGAGUUGGGGAUCCGGCAACAAGACGAGCAGUUGCGAGCUCUGCAGGAGCGGCUGGGCCGGCAGCAGCGAGACAUGGAGGAAGAGCGUAGCAGGCUACAGGAGGUCAUCGGGAAGAUGGAAGUGCGCCUGAGUGAGCAGAGCCGGCUCCUGGAACAGGAACGCUGGCGGGUGGCUGCUGAGAAGUCCAAGGCAGAGUCAGCCCAACGCACUCUGGAGGAGCAGAGGAAGAUCAUGGUCCAGCAGAUCGCCAUGGAGAGGGAGGAGCUGGAGAGAGCCAAGAGCGCCUUGCUAGAGGAGCAGAAGUCAGUCAUGAGUAAGUGUGGAGAGGAGCGGCGGCGCCUGGCGGCCGAGUGGGCUGAGUAUUUCACUCAGCAGAAGCUGAGUAAGGAACGGGCCGAACGCGAGGCCGAGAGGGCGAUGCACGCAGACUCCCAGCGAGAGGGGUCCAUCAUCAGCCUGACCAAGGAGCAGGCAGAGCUGACAGUCAGGGCCUGUGAGCUUCGGGCGAAAGAGGAGAAGCUGCUUGCUGAGAGGGAGGCUCUGGAGAGAGAGCGCCAAGAGCUCCGACUGGAGAAGGACAGGUUACACAAAGCCAGCCUGCGCCUCCAGGCCCGUGCACAGGAGGUGGAGCACAUGAGUAAGGUAGCCUCCAAGAGGUAUGAGGAGGGUGAGCAGGCCUUGCAGGAGGCCCAGCGGAUGCAGACUGAGCAGCAGGGCCGGCUGCAGGUGGUCCAGCGGCAGCAGGAGUGGCUGCGGCAGCAGGAGCAGCGUGUGCACCAGGAGCACCUGAGCCUGGCUCAGCAGAGGCUGCAGCUGGACCGUGUGCGGCAAGAAGUGCCUUCUAGCCUUCCAGGGCUGCCCGCCAGAGUUCAGGGCCCAGCAGCCCCCAGCCGGGAUGCUGUCCAGGCCCCUGCUUCCACCACUCCUCGGUGUAGCCAGCCAGCUGCUGCCCAGGUGCCCACACACCUUUUUGCCAAGCUGCUGCUGCUAAAGCAUACAGCAGAAGAGGACCACGACUUCUUGGAGAAUGAACAGUUCUUCCUGGAGACCCUGAAGAAGGCACCCUACAAUACAGCGUACCAUUCUGCCUGACAGCGCCACUGCCUCCUAAGCGAUUGUCCGGCCAUGGAGCUCUCGCCCACUGCUGACCAGCUCCCAUCUCCAUGGGAGAGGCUCCUAGGAAAGCGGAAAGCACGCACUGCCCAGAGCCUGAUUACAACAACUUCUUGUAAGGACAGGGUACCUGUGUGUUCUUCCCAGGCGCUCUGACCUGCAGCUUAGCGGCAGCAGUCCUCCCCAGGGAGCACUGACAGUAGGACUGUCUUAGCACCCGUCGCCCACUCUUGUCUCAGAGUAAGAUCCCAGCCCAUCACCGCCGUCCACACAGCCACGUUAUGCCUGGGCUACUUUUGAGGCAGGGGCAUAUUUCAGGGCAGUAGGGUUACACACCAUCAACAGCCUUUACUUUCAAUGAGAGAGAUCCUUUGAAUGGGAAUAGGGAGAAGGGCCUUCUAGCUGAGUGAGUGGGAGGCCUGGCCAGGGAUAAGGAUGGCACUGUGCAGGGGCGCACCAUGCCCGGAUGGAUUCUUGGACUUCAGUGUAUUGGGCUUCAUUUAGCACUUCAGCUCACCCUCAGGUAGCUCACACACAGUCCCAUUACUUCACUGACCAGCGAACUCAGCAGCGACACUGGCUUCUUCCACCCUCUCCAAGUCCCCGGCAGAGGUGGGGUGGGGAGCUGUAGGAGUGGACGGGUGUGCGCAGAAGCAGAGGAGGAAGGGAGAUUGUGAGAGCUAGAGACUCUGCCUGGGGCUGGGCUGCUCCUCCUCCAGGAUCUAGUGUGUCAAGACCCUCUUCUAGUAGGGGGUAUCAGGAGAGGGGCUUUGGAGGGGAAAUGACCCAGCAGACCUAGGACUACACAGCAGCUCCCAUUCAGAGCACUUCCUCCCGUCCCACCUGAGAGAGGGUGUCCACAGUAGCUGGUGGGAAAAUGAGGGGCAUGCCAGCGGGUAAGGCACCGCUGCUCUGCGUUUCAGAACCUCUCCUGGAGGACCUGCAACCUUGAUAAUCCGACCCAUUAAACUGUUGUAUUCUUUCAA